UGUAGCAAUCUGACGCUAUUGUACUAAAAAUCGCUUAAACUGAAUAGAAUUCGCAUGUAUUAUACUUAUGUGAAAAGGUUUUAGUUGGACCUUUUGGCCACACAUUGAUUUCAUUAUGUCUAAACAAGGAAAGUUCACUUUAUGUAUUGUUGGAUUUUUAUUGGAAGUGAGCGCAGCAGCAGAUCCCAUCCAGAUCCUUAAUUCAAGCAUCGCGGUUACAUCAGACAGGGAUCCAUACUGGCCCGCAGAUCGGGUCAACGAUGGUAUUUUAAAUAUCCAAUUCACUCCGAUAUGUUGUAGAGGUUGCGCAGCUCUUCAAAGACCUUCAUGGGUGCAACUGACACUGGACAAGACUUAUCUCGUGGAAAAGAUUCUAGUUCUAGGACGUAUAGAUAUACAUUUUAAUCAGUUUGACAACAUCACCUUGUUACUGGGAAGACAGGAUCAAUCACUUCAGAACGAAGCGUUCACUUCGAAUAACCGGUCGUAUGCGAUGACUUUACUGGCUCCUCCACGCGAAGUAUAUCGUGUACGAGUUUCGGGUGAAGUCCUAUCAAAUAUCAUGACAACAAAUACACAUAUGACAAUAUGCGAGAUUAUGAUAUACCGACAAGCAGACUGCCUACCCGGAAAGUACAGUGCAAACUGUUCAAGAGAGUGCCAUUGUCUUUCUGGACCAUGUGAAAGUGUCACGGGCACAUGUAUGUCUGCGGUGUGUCAAGACGGCUGGAGAGGACUCGCCUGUAAUGAAACCUGCAGCCCUGGGACGUUUGGUAAUAACUGCUCCUCCAUAUGCCAUUGUUACGACAAUGUAACAUGUCAUCAUAUUGAUGGUACCUGUCCCGAUAGCCAAUGUGCAGCAGGAUGGACGCGUGACAACUGUAGCGUAGCCUGCACACCUGGUUUCUACGGACAAAGCUGCGCUAUGGACUGUCACUGUGACACGUGUCAUCACGACAAUGGAUCGUGCGUAGGGUCUCUUCAAUGCCACGAUGGAUUCAGAAUGGAAAAUGGUUUCUGCACACCUAUGAGCCCACAUGGUCAAACUGAUAAGUAUUACAACGCCAUAUUAGCUGUGUCUUCGGUUCUUGGAGUUGUUGUAGCGGCUGGAAUAGUAUUAAGUGUGCUGAUAAUCAGAAGGAAACAUCUCCAAUCAGCUGGAGAAAAUCGUGCUACCAAAGAGUCGUCUUCUCACGAAAUGUACGACGACUUGUCACCAAAAUCAACGAACCCUCACCUCUAUGACGUCUUGCAUAUGUCAUGAACAAAGAAGAACAACAAUAUUAUACAACUAUAUACAAAAGGGACAGUGCACAAACACGAGAUACAAAUUAUUAUCAGCCCAAGGUGACGUAAACAACACUGAGCACCUGAACACAUGAUGAACAUACACAGUAAAUAAAGAACAAUUGAUACCCAUGUGGAGAAAGCUAACAUAACAGUACCCACAGGACGAGAAUCAUAGGCAUACGAAGGCAACACAGCAACCAACAAUGGGUCAAGUGUCAUAUGAAAAUACCUCCACGUUUUAGUUUAUAAUUCCACUAAAAAUGUUCUCUUGCUCUAUAAACAUACCGAUCAUCAAGGUAACUUUGCCUAUCUGACUUUAUAAAUGUUGCAUAACAAUGGUAUAAUAAAAAUACUGCACUAAUUUACUUACUUAAUUAUACAAAUCUAGCACAACUAUGGUAUGAUGAACUUGUAUCACGGUUGAUGUAUAUUGCAGUAUCGUCGUUUUGAGUUCAUACGUCAUUUUUUACAAUCAGUGACAUCUACAGAAACAGGUUUAUUUGUGUAUGCCUCUUGUUAUCCACUUAAUAAAGAUACUACUAAAUAGCAUAAACAGUAACUAAAUAUUAUAUACAUAGAUAGUAUUGGAAUCACACAAAUAUGUUAAAAUUUAUCAAAUUCUUACCAACUGACAACGCAAAAACAAUUAAAAAUAUUGCAACAUUUAUUUUUAAAGCAGCUGAAUUGAGGAAUGAAUUGAAUUUUUAAUAGUUUCGCUCCAUAUAUAACUGUCUAUUUGUAGUCAUAGCAAUACAAGCUAUAUGUAUACACAUUCUUAGAUCAUUCAAGUUUAUUUGAAUAAGAUACGACUUUACAAUAUGCAUAUACCUACCUUAAAUUAGUAUGUUACGGUACAAUGUUUUAUAAAUACAUAUACAUGUUAAAAAAUAGCCGUGUAUUUUCAAUAUGCAUGUCUUGAGAGUUGCAAAUUCCUUUUAUUGUUAAUUCUUAAGUUGCACUGCUAGAAUUGAAUAUGUAAAUGCAUGUAUGUCAUUGAACAUUGUUGACUACAUUGAUGAUUGUGUGUUAUAUGUAUGUGUACUUAUAGGCUUCAAGCCUAAUUUAUUCUGAAAUUAAACCAUACAACCAUAUUUUAUAACAUAAUAUUACAAUUUUAAUACCAUAUUAGUACAAGUUGAUAGUUGAAAGAAUGCCAUUAAUAGUUUGUAUCGAUGUACAAAGAAAGAGUCAAUGCAGGUGAUUGUGUGUGAUCAUAUGUACAUAUUGAUAAUCUAUAUUCAAAAGAUUACCUUAAGUACAUUUAUGUAAUUAUCUAUCAGGCUAUAUACUGAGAAAUACGGCUCGUCCAAUAUGACGUCAAACUAUGUGCUCGUCCAAAUAUAUCUUCGUAUUGUACAGUGAAACGUUUAAUAAGCUUUUUAUUCUACAUCCCUUCCUUCAGCUCUUUUUCUCAUUUUAAUUUUUAUUUGAAAAUGCUUUAAUUGCAUCUAUGCUAUUUUCAAGACAAGCGCCCGUGU